AGAAAAUAAAAUUGCAAAUCCAAAUCCAGCCGAGAUGAUGACUCGUCCUCUUUUUCUCGAGUGAUUUACAGACAGAGUGAAGCCCAAACGCUUUGCCGAGGUCUCCCAAGUCUGGUUGUGGUUGGUAGAUGGUGAAAGCUAUAUGCAUAUACAUAUACAUAUAGAUACAACCAUCCUUACAUACCACUACCUCCUGCAAAACCUUCCGCAUUCUUUCUUCAAGGGCUUCCCCACCUGACAAGAAUUACAACAUUAUCACGAUGAUUUAUGUGGGCGGGGUGCCAUUUGCUCGUGAUGACUCAUCCCAGGGAAUGGAGACUCUGAUUGCUUUGAUGGAACAUCCAGUUUUGGUGUCUGUGUCAAACUCCUUCAAAUCAAUGGCAGAGAAGAGGGUCUCAGUCUCUAAAAACUCCAGUUCAGUUGGGCCUGAAAUUAGUAAAUGUGUCUACAUUUUCCAAAGGGAAUUUGCAGCCGUUGACCCAGCUCUAGUGGACCUAGUUGGUACUGAUGAGGCAACAACUUGUGUUGGCAUUGCUAUAAGAAAUUGCAAAACUGGAAUGAUAUCUGUUGCUCACAUGGAUUCUCCAAAGGUUGUUGAUACCGGCCUGAGUCAGAUGUUAUCUUUAGUUGCUGAUCACGAGUCUGAUGCUCUGUUGGAUGUGCAUCUGAUUGGUGGGUUUGAUGACAUCUCGUCUCAACAUUCAUAUCUUGCUAUAAGAAGCCAGACCAAACUGGAAGGAUAUUCCUAUCCUUUGUGUGUGAAGAUAAUCGAAACCCUAAUGGAUAGGAACGAAAAGUUUCAGAUUCAAACUCUCCAUGUUCUUGGGCAUAACACGAAAUGGGACUCUGAAGGAAUCGCAUACCCCAUUUUCCAUGGAUUUGUGAUGGAGACCUCCACUGGAUCAAUCAUCCCUGCCAGCUUUGAUGGAACUUCAAGAUGCCCUGAUGAAAUUGUCCGGAGAAUUCGAGUUACUGCAGCUUUCGAGGAUCCUAGUUGGACCGGCAAAUUGCUUGAUACAUAUGAUACUCGAACUGACCAUUUUGUGAUCGCUCCAUGCGUUUGGACCAUAUGGCAAGAACAAAUUGCACUGACGCUGCAAAACCUUUCUGAUACGGAGAUACUACUGGCAUGUUCAUCUUCACCUUAUGCCGAGGUUCCUGAUUUCGUAGAUAAUGAGAAAAGGAAGUGGGAUUACUUGAUCAGACACCCAAAUUGGAGGGAAACUUUUCCUUCAAAGCAAGCCCGUGUGUUUCAGAGGACUGCAGAUGGGACCUGGAUCAAACGGUGAAGAAAACGAAAUGGUCAAUUGCAUUAAGUAAGAAGCUGCAGUACUCUAUGCCUAUUUGUUGAAGUCUGAACUGAAGCAUGAAACCAUGUUCGGCAUCUGUUGCCAACUCACAAACUUCAACCAGUGAAAGUUAGCACUUUCAUCGGCAUUAUGCCAAUCUCUUUGUUAAUAUAUUCAUAUUUCCAAUUUAUCAAGAGAAUCUUGGUGUUAUUAAAUUUUCAUUACAUUGGAAAUAUUUAUGAAAUAAAUCCAUGAUAUGUUUCUCUCU